AGUUUGGUUUUGGUGUUUCCAAUAUUGAUCAUUGCAGCCUCCACAUUUGUGCUAACAAAUCAUGUGACUGUGUCUCCUAUUUCUACUCUAAGAUCUGAUCUGCCUUCUUGAUUUACUGCAAAAUUCAUUAUUUUUUUACUUACUUCUUGUAAAUCACACCUCAACUGAUCAAAGCUUCAUUUAUUUAUAUAAGUGCUGUUUUGAGGAAAAUUCCAUAUUAUCAUUAUUGUAACUACUAACGGUUCUGUCAAAUUCUGCCACAUGUCUAGAUAGAAAUAUAACAUAGUAUCAAUAGUUUAUUUUAAAACUACUAUAUGAUAUGAAUAUAAAUAUGAAUUUCAUUUCAUCUUGAGUUUGGUUUUGAUCAUGUGGUUUCAUUAAAUUAUAUGCCAUCUAAUUAGGUGUCCUUCUCUGUCCAAAUUCAGUUAACUAGUGGCUGAAAAUUUUCAAAUUUAUGGUGUGAAUAGAAACCUUCUAGGACACUUAAGUAGCUGACAAGUACUUUUUUUCUUAUAUGAUUUUGAAGAAUAAUCAUAUAAAUAGUUGUUUAUGGCAUAACUUUGACUUUCUGAUGGAAGGCUCUUCUUCCUUCUUUUUUUAGAUACAUAAAGAUGGACAAAAGGAAAAAUAUUGUGCAAUAUAGGGAGAGGUUGGAUAACACUCUUACCUCAUUUGAUCUCACAAAUCAUGAGAAACUCAAAACUCUUGUCAAAAGUCAACUUCAUCGUUCUUCACAAUCAGAGAUGGAAUUGGAAGGAUAUGAGGAGAAACUAGAAAUUAAGACUGCCGAGUUAUCAAACUUUCUUGAUAUGAUGAGAAGUGCUUCUGCAGAUGAAAGUGGAGGAUUUAGCACAUCAAGGACUGAUUGGAAAUUAAAACAGGAUAACGAGGAAUUCCGCGUUAUGUAUCGCGAAGGACCAGAGGGAACUCCCUAUAAUACAUUGCUUAUUGAAGGCUAUGUAGAUGGACCUGUUGAUGUUUCUUUAUGCGUCUCAUGGGAAUCAUCCCUUUAUAAGAAAUGGUGGCCACAGUUUACUGUUCCUACUUUCAAAGUUACUGCUUCUGAUUGUUUGCAGAAGGUCCAGACUGGAGAACAAAUAGCCCUAAUAAGGAUGAAGCCUCCAUGGCCACUGUCUACAAGGGAGGCUAUAGCGCAUUAUUAUCUGUUUGAGUACAUUCAAGAUGACUUGAUAGUUGUUCUUUUGAAAACGGUCACUGAGUCGGAGAAAAUUAAUGAGACUAUUGAUGGUUUCAACAAUGAUGUGAUUCCUGAAGCAAAGGGUGUUGUGAGAAUUGAUUUGUUGGGAGGUUUUGUUAUACAAAAGGUGACAUCUGAAAGAAGUUAUUUCCGGGCAAUAGGGAAUUUGGAUAUCAAGCUGGAUUUUAUGCCUCCAUCCCUUAUAAAUUUCAUUUCAAGACAACUUAUUGGCAGUGGUUUCAGACUUUAUCAGAAGGCCGUAGCUUCUAAGAUGAACGGCAACAAAGAAUUCGGCAAGGCCUUGACUGACUUGUUGUAUGUUAGAAUUCGUGAAGCUCUGUACAAUACCGAUGAAUCAAAUGCUAUGGAUGAGGACGAGCUUAAGCAAGUUGCAAGCAUUUUUCCUGCUGAAGAGCUUAGUCAAAGUAAGCAAGAUUGGGUGAAAAAUAUGUCUCGGGAGGAUAGAAGCAACCAAAAUGAAAAUAAUUACAAUGGUGAGAUUUUAGAUACAGGUAGUAAAGAGAUUGUACAAAGUGAGAAGGAUUUCAAGAAAAUGCAUGACAUUUCAACCGAGGAAGAUGAUACAUCUUUUGUACUACAUGGCAAUAGGAAUUGUGAGAUUGUCGAUGCAGACAGCGAAGAGAUUGUAGAAGAAAAUAUUGAAGAGAUUGUACAAAUUGAGAAGGAUGUCAAGAAAGUACACGACAUUCCAUUUGAGGAAAGCAAUACAUCUUUUGUACUAAAAGGAAAUAGUAACAGUGAGAUUGUAGAUGCAGAUAGAGAAGAGAUCAUAGAAGCAGAUAUUGGAGAGAUUGUACAAAUUGAAAAGAAUGUAAAGAAAGUAAAUGACAUUUCAGUUGAGGAAGUUGAUACAUCUAUUGUGCUAAAGGGCCAUAAGAAUUGUGAGAUUGUCGACGCAAAUAGUGAAGAGACCGUGGAAGCAAAUAUUGAAGAUAUGGUACAAAUUGAAAAGGAUGCGAAUAAAGAACAUGACAUUUCAAUUGAAUAUGAUAAUAUACGAGGUGUAUUGAAGAGAAAGAGUAAUGUAUAUAUCAGCUCAAAUGUAAAACAGGCUUUAGAAACAUUAGAAAGGGCUAUUUCAUCGGUUCAGAAAUACGGAUUUCGUUCACGCAGGUUCUCUUUUAGCUUUGUUAAUGAUGAGGCAAGCUGCAAAGAAAAAGGCAACAAAGAGUAUCCAUAUUCUGCAAAACUUGUUCAACCAUCUGUGGAAAAUGAUGUCAGUGCCAAAGGACCAAGCAGCAACAUGCUACGGGAAAGUUCAGAUGAUCUCUAUGAAAUCCAAAACUUCAGGCACACAGGAACAGAUCCUAACGCGAAGGAAGUAAAUUAUAACAAAAUAGUACCGGCUUUCUCAAAUCAGAAUCACUUGAGACCAAUUGAAGCAAGCCAGACUGAUUCAUAUUCUUUGAAAAACGAAACAACGCUGAAGCAGACAAUAUCUGAUAACAAGCAAUAUACAAGACCAGACAUGUCUUCAGAUGUACCAAAACAGUUAAACAAGAGGAAAAAUUAUAGAUACUGUUGUUUUAUGCAUUAGCAGAAGAAAAUAGGGUACUUACAAAGUUACAAGUAUUUUGCUAACUUGCUACACAGGAAAGCCUCAACAAUUUAGUACAUGAUUGAUAUAUCUGAAAUUCUAAAGUGUGGAUCACUGAUAUAAUAACGGACAUAUAUGUUGGACCAGUGUUGUUCCUUGUUUGGGGUUUUCCGAACUUUCCAUGCAUUUAUGUGAAGUGAGUGAGACUGAGAUUAGAGUCUUUACAGAGAAAAUAAAACUUUCCCUUGAAAUAUAGACCAA